AUGACUCCAAGUUCCUCUUCCCACGACGAAAAGAUUGAUCACGAUCAUGGACGAUACUCUUCUGUGGCAUCCGAUCCAUCCUCAACUGAAGCUUCUUCUCGGAAUAAUAAUAAUAACAACAUGACAGAUGAACAUGAUCUCUCUUUAUCAUCCAGUAACUAUUCAAUCGUACGAUCAAAGCCAUCAUUAUCUGGCUCUGAACAUAAAUCAUCACCAUCAACCCCAGUGAAUUUCGAUAAAAGCAAAUAUAUUUUAGUCAUUGUCGUGGGCAUAUUAUUUCAUCUUGCUUACAUGAUGAGCAUCUUUGAUAUUUAUUUUAAAUCACCGAUUGUACAUGGAAUGGAUCAGAAUAGCUUUGAUAGAUAUUUGAAUGAUAGCAAUAUUAAUUUAUCGACGGUAACAUCUUCCCAAGGAGGGUCCAGUUUGUUUGCAAAACGAUUGGUCUUUAUUGUCGGAGAUGGAUUACGAGCAGAUAAGUUGUUUGAAAUAGUCCGAGACAAGGAUAAAAUGGUUGGAGAUGACAGACAUCAAUUUGUUAUUCAGAAAAAGAAAAAGUUAGGCCCUUCUCCCUAUAAUAUUUAUGAAGGUGCCAUUGAUUCGCAGAUCACCUCUGCACUUUCAGAUCUUGAAACAUCGGCUCCUUUUAUUCGUUCAAAGAUGGAAACUGUAGCAAGUUUUGGCAUUUCUCAUACAAGAGUUCCCACUGAAUCAAGACCUUGCCACGUGGCAAUGAUUGCAGGAUUUUAUGAGGACGUGAGUGCUGUGACUACAGGAUGGAAGGAAAAUCCCAUAGAAUUCGACAGUGUUUUUAAUCAAACAAAUUAUGUGCUGCAAAUUGGCUCACCAGAUGUUGUGCAUCUGUUCAAAGGAAGUCAUAUUGACACCUAUAACUAUCCUCCAGAAAUGGAAGACUUUGCCAUGCAUGACAAGACCACUUUGGACAGAUGGGUUUUUGACAAGUUCGAGCAAUUAAUAUCCCACAAUGAAACAGUUCAAAACAAGCUCAAUCAAGACAAAGUAAUUAUAUUUUUGCAUUUAUUGGGCAUUGAUACGAGUGGACACGCAUACAAGAUGGGAAAAGGUUACUAUGACAGCAUUCGAUACGUGGACGAGGGUGUUGAAAGAGUGCACAAUUUGAUUUCAAACUUUUUCGGAGACAAUGAAACGGCCUUCAUAUUCACAGCUGAUCAUGGGAUGUCAUCAAAGGGUUCUCAUGGUGAUGGAAACCCUGAAUGUACAAGAACUCCUUUAGUCUGUUGGGGAAAAGGAAUUCGUCCCUUUUAUGAAGGCAAAGGCCAUAUCAUUUCUGAUGGCUCGUUUCCAUCCAUUGCUGCAGAAGAAAAAUAUGUGAAACAAGCUUGGAUGAUUAAUCCCAAGUAUAGAAAAGAUAUUAAGCAAGCAGACAUGGCUACUCUCAUGAGCGCUUUGUUGGGCAUUCCAUUUCCAAUGAACAAUGUUGGAAUAUUGCCUCUCUCCUAUCUCAAUGGAAAUGAAAUGUUUAGAAGUAUUAAUUUGCACGUCAAUGCUAAACAAAUAUCAGAACAAUUUUUGAAGAAGCAAGAUGUCAAAAAAGAAAAAACCCUUCUUUUCUUUCGCCAUUAUAUGAAACGACAAGAUUUGGAAUUGAAAUCUCGAGAAAUUACCUCGCUGAUUAUGAGUGGAGAUUUUGAGAAAGCGCAAGAGGAAAUUUACCAAUUGAUUAAUAUGGGAAUUAGAGGCCUUAACUAUUUUAUGACCUAUGAUUGGCCUCAGCUCAUGUCAACAGUUAUCUUGGGAUACAUUGGAUGGAUGUUCUACUUACUUGUAUUUUGCUUGCGUCAUUAUACCAAGCUGGGCCAUGAAAUUAAGAGUGACAAGAAUGUUUUCACUGUUUCCUGUGCUUCCGUUGCUCUAUUUGUGGUCUUGAGCGCGCUUUUAUUUGUUCAGCAUGAUCCACUUCACUACCACAUGUAUAUAAUUUUCCCAAUUUACUUCUUUGCAUACAUAUUCAAUCAUACGAAAUUGAUUUAUGCUUUCCUCACUCAACAUUUUUCAAUUCAUACAGAUGGACAAUCCUUAUUGGUGAUCAUUGCAGUUCUCGAAGUCAUGGUGUGUGGAUAUUAUUCCAGAGAUAUUUUCUCAGUUUGCUUUAUUGUUCUUGGAGUUUUACCAACCAUUCUCGAAAUGAAUUUCACAUACAGGUUUGGUUGGCUUACUACAUGUAUCAUUAUGAGCUUAUUUACUUUAUUGCCUCCUGACUACGGCAAUGAUAUUACAUUGGUGAUAUGUGGAGCAAUAGUGUUCUGUGUUUGUCAAAUCACAUGGAGAUUUAUCAAGCCUCCUAAAGAAACUCAGAGCCUUUUUCAACAAACAUUGUUCUACGGCCAGCUUGUAUUAAUUCUUCUCGCAUGUGGUGUCACAGUUAGCACAGAUCUUUCCCUGUCAAAGAAGCAAGGGUUGCCACUCCUGAAUCAACUGGCUGCAUGGAUUUUAUCAAUUGUGUCAUUACUUCUUCCAUUUCUAUCUUCAAACUUUUACCAAGUUAGAGCUCAAAGCAUUCUUUCUUCAUUUGCCACUCCACUUGUAUUGUUGAGCGUGAAUUAUGAAGUGUUAUUCUACGCAGGAGUGUUAGUAACCUUUUUAUUUUGGAUGAGACAAGAAAAGCAGAAGAGAAAAAAAGAUCCAUCCUUCAAUCCUGGAUGGCUUUCAAAAACAGAGUUCAGUACGGCCAUAUUUUUCAUUUUCCUCUUUAAUGUUGGAUUUUUUGGAACUGGAAAUCUUGCUACAAUUGCUAGCUUUGAAUUAAGUUCAGUCUACCGAUUUAUUUCAAUAUUCAGUCCGUUCACAAUGGCUGCAAUUUUGAUUUUCAAACUUGCCAUUCCACUACUUGCUGUCACUGUAAUUUUUGUAAUCAUUCUACGAGUUUCAAGAACACCUCACUUUGCUGCUCUCCUUGUGGUAUUAGCUCUCAGCGAUAUCAUGACUAUUAACUUCUUUUUCCUUGUUUCAGACAUCGGAAGUUGGCUUGAAAUUGGAAAUAGCAUUAGUCGAUUUGCCAUUGGAAAUGCCAUGAUCAUUAUUCUACUUUUACUCUUCUCAUUUGCUCAAAUCUAUGUCAGAAAUGUACACAAUCAACCUGGUGGUGUAAGCAAUAGUGACCUCAAGUCAAAAACAGACUGA